AAGUGGGUGAACAAGUUCAGGGCUGAGACCUGGUGUUCACCACCGAGGUCGAGGGGCGGGGACUGAACUAAGGGGAGGGGAGUGAGCAGGGAGCAACAGUGAAAUGCUCUGUAGUCAGUCUCCGAGAAAGGAGACCUGAGAGGAAGGUGGGAAUUAGGCUGAAGGAUCGCUUCUACCUAUCUCCAAGAUCUGAGCAGACCGCAGGAGGCGCCACCAGGACGUCUCUGCAGCGCUUGGUGGCCAGGGAGGAGCGAGCGUCAAUCUCUGCUGCUGGUCUCAACCAGCCACCGCUGCUCCCGCCUGCACGUCUCUGUCCCCAGCGCAGGGCGCUUGGCUUCUUAGCCUUCCCCUGCGCUGUCAGCUUUUCUCUACCCUUGAUCAACCAUGGAUGUCAACUGCCUGCUUUCUGUGCAAAGCCAUGUGGGUAGUUGAACCAAACUCUGCUACCUGCCUUUCUGCGGCCCUGCCUGCCAAGAGACACUGCCAGGAAUCCAGCAACGUGGAGUCACCCCUGAUGCAUGAAGUUUCAGAGCCACAGCAGAGCAGCGGCAGCGUGGCAGACAGCCUGGCUGGCUCCAUCACGGCCUGUAAGAAGGUCCUUCGUAGCAAUAGCUUGCUGGAGUCCACAGACUACUGGCUGCAGAACCAGAGGACACCUUGCCAGAUUGGGUUUGUGGAAGACGAGUCUGAAAACUGUGCUUCUGUCUGCUUUGUGAACCUGGAUGUAAACAAGGAUGUUUGCAGCACAGAACACUUGCAGCAGAAACUGGUCAGCGUUUCACCAGACCUUCCAAAACUCAUCAAUUCCAUGAAUGUCCAACAUCCAAAAGAAAAUGAAAUUGUCCUCCUGAGUGGGCUAGCCUCUGGAAACCUCCAGGCAGAUUUUGAUGUUUCACAGUGCCCUUGGCUGCCAGAUAUCUGCUUGGUCCAAUGUGCAAGAGGGAACAGACCGAACAGUACCAACUGCAUCAUCUUUGAGAUCAACAAGUUCUUAAUUGGUCUGGAAGUGGGGCAGGAGCGCCAGCUCCACCUGGAGAGCAAUGUUUUGAAGCUGGAGGAUGACACAAACUGUUCCCUGUCUUCAAUUGAAGAGGAUUUCCUUACGGCCUCCGAGCAUUUGGAAGAAGAAAUCGAGGUGGAGGAAUGCAGGAGUGGCUUUGAAACUAUAAAUGUGUCAGCAAGUGUACUGGAAAGUAAAAAGACAAAGGAAGCUACCCAGGAAGGAUGGGAUUAUCACAAGGAGAAGUUGCAUUGUGCUUUAGGGGAAAAACACAUUAAAAAAUACCGUAUGCCUUCAAUGAAAACAGAAGGAUCAAGGGAAAGCAUAGCAGAAAGCACAGCCUUGGCAAGCCUCAAUCCUUCAGCCCGGUCACCUCGCUGGAAAAGCGAAGCAGCAGGGAACAAGCAGGCAGCCACCAACUACUCCUACCCUGAAAAUAUCAAAGAAGAAAUAGAAGCAUCUCAGAUGCUGUAUAUACCUAGGGAUGCUUAUCUCUCAAUGGUUAAGAAAGACGUACUUCCUUCGUGUGGUGCAGUCACUGAGCAGGGCAGCAAACCCACAGACCGUGAUGCUGCUCAGACCCCUCUUGUCCCCAUUCCAAAUGGAGAAGCCACCACGGGAGAGUAUGCUACAAACUUAGCGGAAUCUGUAAUGCAGGAUGCCUUCAUCAGACUGUCUCAGUCGCAGCCCACACUCCCCCAGGAACCCGCAGUCAGUUUCUCUGUGGGAAGUGCUCUGCUUCCCAGUGGAUGUCGCACAAAAGACAUGCUGGUCUCUCGUUCCUGGAACGAGCUCCCCAAAAUUGUCAUUGUGCAGAGCCCAGAGGGCAGCGAUCCUGCCCCCGAACCAAGUGUCUCCUCUUGGUCCGACAUGAACGCUUCUGUUGAAACCUCGGGCGUCUUUCCUCGAGAGGGCUCCGGCCGACCCACUCAGAGUACACUAGAGGUUGCUCUGGCUUGUGCCGCCACUGUGAUUGGAACCAUCUCCAGUCCACAGGCCACAGAAAGAUUCACCAUGGAGCAGGAAUCCAGCUACGCCCAGAGAGGCAGCGGGGUCCAGCAAACUCAAAAGCCCCAAGGACUCAUGGAACCUUCUAUGACUGAAUAUUCCUUUCCAUCAGCUCUGUGCGGAAUGACACAGGUGGCAAGUGCUGUCGCUGUCUGUGGCCUAGGUGAAAGAGAAGAUGUGACAUGCUCUAUAGCUCCAAGUGGCCUCUUGCCCACCUCUGGGGCUUCUGAAGAAAUGUCCUCAGCUGUAAAUUUAGAGACAGAGAGGGUCCUGGGACUGGGGAAGGAAGCCAUUGCGGAAGCUCUGCUCAGGGAGGCUGCCCUGGUUUUAUCAAGGCCUGACGCACACGGCAGCCUCGGAGACCUCUUGGAGUCCGUGAAAAGGAGAAUCACAGAAACCACUUCCAAAACCCAGAGUCUGUGCGCAGAAAACGUCCGAAGGAACGAGCUGGCACACACCUUGUCCAAUAUCAUCCUCAAGCAUUCCAUUGAGGAGCUCCACCCCACCGAGGAAAAACAUCCUGGUAGAACCCUAGACGCCUUAAUGGACAGGGCCAACCAGCUGCUCCACAGCGUCAUCUGCUUCACGUUCAAGAAGAUAAACCACGUGGCAGCACUCGGCGAACAUUCCGCAGGCCUUUCUAAGGAGACCAUCAACUGGACGGAGUCAGAGCCCCUCGGUUGCCAGUCAUUUGAUCGCACUGCUGGUCGAGCUCGGGCGAAAGCCUCAGCGUGCUCCGGCCGCCAUCCUCUUGGCGAUGUGCAGGGCACCAGCCUGGUCAUCAGCGAUCUUGCAGAGGAUGCACCCCCUAGGCAAAAUAAGGGUGGAGCAAGGCCAUUCAACAACCCCAGUCUGCAGUCUGAACUCCCAUGCAGUUACCGAGUGCUUGAUGCCACGGCCAAGUCAUUCCCUAAGGAAAUGCGUCUGAAAGGAAUUGUGGGAGAGGACACAAGGCCCCUUCACCGUCCGUGCGCUUAUGAGGGCAAUGAACAGAGAAGCCCUGCAGACCUAGGAAAACUGACAACAGGUGAGGGCUGCGGCGGCUCCCAGGAAGCGGAAGACAGCAUUUUUCCAAACACCCAAGAGAAAUACACCUGCGCCACACCCCAAACCCAAGAAGUUCAAGUUAACCUAUCCUUGUUAGGGGAUGACCUGGCGCUUCCUGAUCAGUCUAUCCUACAGGCAAAGCGGUCUGAGGUCUACUGCAUCACAGACUUUGCCGAAGAAUUGGCAGAGACUGUUGUCUCCAUGGCAACCGAAAUCGCAGCAAUCUGCCUCGACAACUCCAAUGGAAAACAGCCCUGGUUUUGUGCUUGGAAAAGAGGGAACGAGUUUCUGGUGACGCCUAACACAUCCGGCCGUUCCUUGAAGAGGAAGAAGGAAAACUCAGGCGGAGGCGGCUGCGCUGUGAGGAAACACAAGCCACCUCGCCUCAGCGAAAUCAAGAGAAAAGCGGAUGAGCACCCUGAGCUGAAAGAGAAGCUGAUGAACAGAGUCAUGGAUGAGUCUAUGAACCUCGAAGACAACCCUGAUUCCGUCAGUACCUUUGCAAACGAGGUGGCCGCCAAGAUCAUGAACUUAACAGAGUUCUCCAUGGUGGAUGGAGUGUGGCAAGCCCAGAGCUGUUACCGGAAUCGACUUCUCGGUGGAGACAGGUGGAACCGACUGAAAGCCUCCAGCUGUGAAAGCAUUCCCGAGGAGGACUCCGAAGCCCGGGUCUUUGUAAACAGCCUGGGUUUAAUGAGUACCUUGAGCCAACCAGUUAGCAGGGCCAGCUCUGUCUCCAAACAGUCCAGCUGCGAGAGCAUCACGGAUGAGUUUUCCAGGUUCAUGGUGAAACAGAUGGAAAAUGAAGGGAGGGGAUUUGAGCUGCUGCUGGAUUACUACGCUGGCAAAAAUGCCAGCAGUAUUCUGAGCUCAGCAAUGCAGCAGGCGUGCAUGAAAAACGAGCACCUCAAUGUGAGACCGAGCUGCCCCUCUAAGCAGUCCAGCACAGAGAGCAUAACAGAAGAGUUUUAUAGGUACAUGCUGAGGGACAUUGCCAAGGAAAGCAAAGACGGCACCUCCUCCAGACGAAGCAGCCAGGACUGGGCCACGGGCUUGCUGUCUCCCUGCCCGCGAUCCCCGCUGUGUCACAGACAGUCCUCUGUGCCUGACAGCAGGUCCCCAUCCUCCAGGUUAACAGUAAAUGCACCUGUCAAAGCCAACUCCUUAGAUGGCUUUGCCCAGAACUGCCCUCAAGACUCCCUAAAUGUCCAGCCAGUCAGUAGGGCUUCCUCAUCUGGACUCUGCAAGUCAGACUCGUGCUUGUACCGCAGAAGUGGCACUGACCAGAUCACAAACAUGCUAAUUCAUGAAACAUGGGCAAGCUCCAUUGAGGCUCUCAUGAGGAAGAACAAAAUUAUCGUGGAUGAUGACGAGGCUGCUGAUGCCAGUCCUGGUCCUGUUUCUGGUGGCUCUCCUUUGCAAAUAGAAAAGUGUGCAAACAGACUAGCCCUGAGCACAGGACACAGGGGGCCAACUCUGCUUGUGCAGGAAUCUGUUGAUUACCAGAGAAAGGAUAUCAUUACUGAAGGCAACUGUUCCCCAGUGUCAUCGCCAAGAAGAAUAGCCCCUGUUACAAAACUCAGUGGUUUUGAUCCUAGAAGAGAAACGUCUUCAUGCCACAAUGCCAUCAUUCUCAACAGCCCCAGGCAGGCCCUUUGUUCAAGGGAUGUGCCUUUGAUUCAGAUAGAGACAGAUCAGAAAGAGGAGUGCGUUCCAGAACCGGAGCCCCUCCUUCCCCAAAGCAGCUCCCCAGAGGAAGCAGAAGGGUGCCAACCCAAAGAAACCAUCCCAGAUGUUGCCAGAAGCGCAGACACAGCCCUGAGCACCUCGCAAAGCUGUCGUGACAGCCUUGAGACCAGAGAGGAAUCAGAAGUGGAUGUUUUGAAAGAAGCCCAACCCCCGGAUGAGUCCCCGAACCCUCACAGCAGCAGUGAGGAGAGUACAGGCAGCUGGUCCCAGCUGGCCAAUGAAGAUGACAACCCAGAUGAUGCAAGUAGCUUUCUGCAGCUCAGCGAACGAUCCAUGAGCAAUGGCAACAGUAGUGCCACUAGCAGUCUUGGCAUUAUGGACCUGGACAUUUAUCAGGAAAGCAUACCGUCUUCUCCCAUGAUUAACGAAUUAGUAGAAGAAAAGGAGAUUCUUAAGGAACAGUCAGAAAGCGUAAAGGAACAUGUCUCUGGGCUGCCAGGAAGAGCAGCCAGCCCCCAGAGGAGCCUGUUGGUGAUCAACUUUGACCUGGAGCCAGGGUGCCCUGAUGCUGAGCUUCGAGCCACGCUGCAGUGGAUAGCCGCCUCAGAACUUGGGAUCCCAACCAUCUACUUUAAGAAAUCUCAGGAGAGCAGAAUUGAAAAGUUUCUAGAUGUUGUGAAGCUUGUUCAUCAGAAGCACUGGAAGGUGGGGGAUAUAUUUCAUGCUGUUGUCCAGUACUGCAAACUGCACGCGGAGCAGAAAGAGGGGACCCCAAGUCUCUUUGACUGGCUCCUGGAACUAGGAUAAGCCAAGCGCACCCUUCAAUGAAUUUCCUUCCUCUGUCCCAGCUUAGGUUACAGUGGUUUGUGCUGAACACUCUGAACUUUCUCGAUACACAGCAUCCCAUCAGCAGAACUAUUUCAAAAUCUGCUCCAGUAUCAUGUACAGGGAAUAAGUCUGAAAGAAUGUGAAAUAUGGCUCUGUCUUAAUCAAUAUCACCAUGAGCGUGUCCAAAGGGGCUUGUAUGAGAACGGCUUCAAAAAGAGAUACUUCAGUGAGGCCCAAAUAGGAAAGUUUAUAACAAGCCCAUCCUCCAGAAAAGCUACACUCCCAUAUACAUCACAAGACAGAGUGAUCAAUAAUGUCUUCAGCUAUGUGAAUCAAACAGAUACAAAGUUAUCAGGUCACAGUAAUUCUAUAAAUUAUGCUAAAAACUUCAUUGCACUUUGCUUAACGGGUACAGGGGUUGUCCACCCAAAGAAAUACUUAGGAUACAGUUAAAAGUUUCCAUGCCUUUAUGUGAAAGAGUUCCACUCUCGGACCACUAUCGAUGGAUGCUAACAUGCAUGGACCCCACGUGAGAUGAUUUCAUUUAUUUGCAGAGAGGUUGACUUUCUAACUGUCCCUGAGCUCUUCAAAAAAAAAAAAAAAAAAAAAACUAAUGUCAUUCCAUGGGGAAAGGGAAGCUCAAGGUCGCCUUUGUUCCUAUCACUCACACUUAUUACUUGGGUAAAAUUAUUAUGGAAGCCUUGCCUAAAGGCAAACUUUCAAAAGUAAACGGUAAAAUAAAUAAUGGUCUUUUGAGAUAAAAUAAGCUUAUGUAUCUGAUUAUAUGAGAAAUAUAAUUUUAUUUUAUUGUAAAUUGUGGAGAGAUUAUCUAUCUAAUAUAUUAAGUUGUCUUAGAGCUUCAUAAACCAUGAAGCGAUUGCUGUGUUGAGUUUGGGGGCAUCAUGAAGCUUGGUGGUUGAUUGUACAAUGAAUGUGCUGAUAUCUGUAUAGCCGAUAUGCUUCUCCAAAGAUGUCUGUAAUGAUGGAUGCAGGGUAAUGUCCUUGUGCUUGAUAAGGCCAGUUAGGAAUGCAGACUUCCUAACAUUAAAGUUAGAGAAAUAGAAGCCUUUAAUCCAUUUUUUUAAUUAUAUUAGAAAUGUACUCCUUUGAAAAGUCAAAGUAUCUAUAUGACCCUAAAAGUCUUCUUCCCUUCUAUCUAAAUAUGCUACAGUCAUUUUUAUUUUCUCAAUCAGAAAUAUGUUUAGUAUGUAUCUUCUGAAACACAAUGCUUUUAUUCUAUUUUUAAAGCUUACAGAAUAACUCUAAAUGUGAAUCAGGCCCCACAUCAUCAAUGCCAGCAUAUCUGGUCUAUCUAUCAUAUCCUAAGACUCCAAAAAAAGCUUCCUAGCAAGCCAUUGCCACCCCCCCCCGACAGGAAUCUUCUUCAGACCUCAGCAGGCAUUUAUUAUGAAGACAGUCCAGAUUUAGGUGUAUGUUCAAUCUGUCGCAUUAACCAGGUUUUGAAACCUAGCUAUCAUCUCUACUGAAUUGUGCGUGUUUCUUUGUGCUAAUAUGUGGGCAAUGAGAUUUUUACUGUCUUAACAAUCCCAGAAUAUUGUGUGUAAACUCUUGUUGUGCUUGAAUAAAUGUUUACUUAUCCUCCAAAGCACAAAUAUUGGAUGUAAUCGUGUGUUGUACCUAAUGUUGCAAAGUAAUCAAUAAAUUUCUGUUGCAAAAU